UAGCCGUCGACCGAGACAGCGGUUAGGUAAAGCAAAGAUAGCAUUCCCUCCCUGGAACCCUAGCAAACGGGCCUCAGUGUGGCGUAUAUGUAGACAACAUAAAUAGUUAAUAAACACAAUUGUUGAUUACAUCACUCUUGUCGGACCAAUUGAUCCUCCUCUGCAACCCCGGAGCCCACCGUUUUCCAAGCGCGCCCAGCAUAGGAAUCACCAGACCUGACUUGUGCGCUGGCAACAUCCACGAUACACGAGCGCGGGGCACCCAGGGAGGAACUUCGGGAUACAACAUAAACUUUCUGGUGUCAGAUGUGGGGUAAUUGGAGUGAGUGCACGGAGGGAGCGUGAAGCUGCAAGAGAGACGCUAAAACUGAGGUCGCGGGACUGCAAACGUGAAGCUGCAAGAGUGGAGCUGAUCUAAAGAACCGUAGGGAGGCAACAGGACGAGUCAACAGAACGAGUCAUCAGAACGGGCCGUCGGAACGUGACAUCGGAGCGGACAGGAACCAGUGCAGUGGGCUGAUCGCGUAACGAACAUUAUGUCGGAGUUCCGUUGGGCUGGUAAAGUGGCGCUAGUAACCGGUGGCAACUCUGGAAUAGGUGCUGCCAUCACUCGGCGUCUACUUGAACUUGGUCUGAUUGUUGUUGUUCUUGACCGCAACAUCGACGAUCUCCAGGAAUUGGCUACGAAAGACGAGGUCUACGGGCGAUUAUAUCCGAGAAUUUGUGAUUUGCGCCAUGAGAAUGAUGUUCUGGAGACAUUUCGAUGGAUCGAAACAUGCUUAGGAGGCGUGGACGUCCUCGUAAACAACGCCGGGAUCACCGGCCACAACAGCCUUGUCGAGGGAAGCCCUGAUGAGUGGAGACAUCUACUGGAAGUAAACGUGGUCGCGCUGUGCCUCUGUACCAAAGAAGCCGUGGCCUCCAUGCGCCGUCGCAACAUCAAGGACGGGCAUAUCUUUAACCUCAGCAGUACCCUGGCCCACACGAUUCACCCAUACGGCCCACUACACUUCUACACCGCCACAAAAUAUGCUGUGAGUGCGUUGACUGAAGGUGUGCGGCAGGAACUUCGAGAAACAAAGGCCAGGAUCCGAGUUACGAGCAUUAGUCCCGGACUGGUGAAAUCCAACAUAUUCAAGAGCUGCUUAGGAGCAGAUGUUCACGAUGCAGUAUACAAGAAACCGUCUCUGAACCCCAGCGACGUGGCGUCAGCCAUUGAGUACGCCUUGAACUCUCCCACGCAUGUGCAGGUAAACGAAAUAAUCAUCAAGCCCAUGGAGUUGCUCGCCUGAGACUACUACGGUCGCCGGAAUGUACACUGGGUACAGCAGCAGCGUGUGCUUGCAUUCUUCUCGUGCAAUAACGGGUCUAUAGGAGGCAGCA